UGUUUCAAUAUAAUUCGAGUUUAAUGAACACAGAAAGCCAGCCACAUGGAGGCGACAGGACUAAGUGUCUCUAUAAAUAAACGAAACAUUAAAAAUAGGAAUAAAUAUUCCUAAAUAAAUAACAAACGUGAUUGCUGCAACCUGACCUAGACCAAAUCUCAAGGAGGAGUCCACACUCGAUCCAGACCAAGCCAGACCUGGAAGCGACUGAUACUUAUAGUGGAAACAAUACAAACAUUACGGAACAGACCUUUUCAAAUCAUUUGCUACUUUAGUCAUGUAAUUCCAUAUUGCGUUGUUAGGCCCUUAAUUCUUAGAAUUGAAGGGCACAUAUACUAAAUACGCUGUGAUCCACGUAACAGACACUCGAUACCACAAGGUUUCCGACCCCAUAUCGGCCAGGCACUUGUAGAUCAAGGCCGUAUCGAUCUCCGCAGUUCCCAUACUCCAUACUACGGGAAGAUCUGUAGGAACUGUCCUCAUUACUCGCUAUAAGAUUGCCAAAUUGGGUAUAAUAUUUAUUUCACCCAUCGGUAGUCUGUAGUCUCUGUAGUCCCUGCUACGAGUAGCACCCCAAGAAAGAUAGAUUACGGUAUCCGCUCAUUAUCUGUGUUUGUGCAAAGGGCUAUCUAUCAAUCUGGGCAGUCGAUAGAUCCACAGACCAGACCCUUCACGCCUGCCAAAGACACAAAGACACCGUGCAUUCCUCUCCAACAAGUCGCACUCGACGCAACUUGAACACACGACUCUGGGCUCUGGGAUCUGGGCUGGGGACGGGCCGAAAAGCGAUAAAAUGCAGCGUCAAGUGGAGUGCUUGAUUAGGCGCGCGAUUUGCCAGCGAUUUUGAAACGCCUGCAAUUAGAAACGGCCGCAGAUUGUAAACUAAGCCAGAGGGCGGGUAGGUACAGGAGGGGGAAGUACUGGGAACUGUCACGCGCAAGUAUCACUCCCAAACUGGCAGGGGGUGGUGGUGCUUGAAAAAUGAUUUACACGCGUAAAUCAUAAAUUAUGUCCCACUUGAAAUGGCCCGAAACGACAGACGCGGUGACAAAUGCAGAUGAUGACAAUGGGAAUAAUGAUGAUUGGGCUGCUGCUGCUGAUGAUUGAGACGAUUGUUGUGAUGCUUGUCAUAAUUAUGUCCAGACUCCCGACUCCUUUGUCUCGAAAGUAUGGCUGCAGUUUUCAGUUCUGCUUUUAGACUCUUAUCAGCCAACCACCUAUCGACGUCAUUCAAAAUUCCACUCAAUUCAACUCAAAACCAAACCAAACCAAAUCAAUUCAAUUUCGAAUUUCACAUUUCAAUCGCUCGCAUACACUCUCACACUUAUAGUUUGAUUGAAUUUCAAUGCUAAUGAGCUGCCCGAUUCCAAUUCGGAUUCCGAGUCCCAUUCCAUUUUCAGUUCGCGUCGGUCGCUGCUGGGCAUCGCACCGUGAAAAGCUUCGGGUCGUCAAAAUACCACCUGUCCAAGAACACCUGGAUAUAGCUUAUAUACACCAUAAUCGAGUAUAUAUGGCAGCACAAUUGUCGUACGAUUAUCGCACGUCCGACUGUUCGCAUUGUCCGGCUUAAUUAAUAGACAAAAAUAUCUUUUUUUGCGCACUGAUAAAACGUCGGAGGUCGCUGGUAACGCAAAAAGGAAGUCGCGAUCUCUAGAUAAAGUCUGAAAGAUAUAUUUAGUUAAGCUAAAGCAGGCGUUGCACGAUCGGGAUUCUCCGGGAAUUACCAUGCUAAAAACUGAUAUUCGUGUACCAAAAUUGGUACUGUUUGUGUUGCUAUGGACGUUGUCCUGUUCUCAAGGACAAGCGCUGGAGGCCAAGUGCGAUGAGAAGCAGUUUCAGUGCCGGAACGGGGACUGCAUUCCCAUUCGAUUCGUGUGCGAUGGCGAUGCCGACUGCAAGGAUCACAGCGAUGAACAGGUCACCGAAUGCAAGUUUUUGGAGGCCACCUGCUCGGCGGACCAAUUCCGUUGCACGAAUGGCAAUUGCAUACCAAAUAAAUGGCGCUGCGACCAGGAGAACGACUGUGCCGAUGGAUCCGACGAGGCCACAGCGCUGUGCAAGGCACGCACCUGUUCCCCGGAUGAGUACGCCUGUAAGAGUGGCGAGGGGCAGUGUGUACCUUUGGCCUGGAUGUGUGACCAAAGCAAGGACUGCAGCGAUGGCUCCGAUGAGCACAACUGCAACCAAACUUGCCGCUCCGACGAGUUCACCUGCGGCAAUGGGCGGUGCAUCCAGAAGCGAUGGGUGUGCGAUCACGACGACGACUGUGGCGAUGGUUCCGACGAGCGGGCGUGUCCGGUGGUGCCCUGCGACACUGUGGCCGAGCAUACGUGCACCAAUGGGGCAUGCAUCGCCAAGCGGUGGGUGUGCGACGGGGAUCCGGACUGUUCGGAUGCCUCCGAUGAGCGGUCCUGCGCGAAUGUGACCAAGUCGAACACCCCCUGCCUGGCCCAUGAGUACCAGUGCAAGGAUCGCAUCACCUGCCUGCACCACAGCUGGCUCUGCGACGGCGACCGGGACUGUCCCGACGGCGACGACGAGCACACGGCCAACUGCAAGAACGUGACCUGCCGCCCGGACCAGUUCCAGUGCGGCGAUCGCAGCUGCAUCGCCGGACACCUCACCUGCAAUGGCGACAAGGACUGUGCCGACGGCAGCGACGAGAGGGACUGCAGCCUGAGCCUGGGCACCGCCAAAGGCGCCUGCAAUGCCACGAGUGAAUUCAAUUGCGGCGGGGGUCAGUGCAUCGCCCUGAGCCGGGUCUGCGACAAGCGCAAGGACUGCCCAGACGGCGAGGACGAACCGGCCGGCAAGUGCGGCGUGAAUGAGUGUGCCUCCAAGAACGGCGGCUGCAUGCACCACUGUGUGGACCUGGCGGUGGGUCACCGCUGCGAAUGUCACGAGGGAUACAAGCUAUCCGGGGAUAAGCGCACCUGUGUGGACAUCGACGAGUGCGAGAACCCGGGCGUCUGCUCCCAGCUGUGCAUCAACGAGAUCGGAGGGUUCAAGUGCGAAUGCGAGGCGGGAUACAUGCGGGAUCCGCGCAACCACACGCGUUGCAAGGCUGGCGAGGGCCAUGCCUCACUGCUGCUGGCGAGACGUCACGAUAUCCGAAAGAUUGCACUCGACCACAUGGAGAUGACGUCGAUCGUGAACAGCACCAAGUCGGCCACGGCCCUGGACUUUGUGUUCCGCACGGGGAUGAUCUUCUGGAGCGACGUGACGACGCAGAGCAUCUACAAGGCGCCCAUCGACGAGGGCAACGAGAAGACAACGGUGCUGAAGCAGUCGACGGUCACCUCCGACGGACUGGCAGUGGACUGGAUCUACAACCACGUCUACUACACGGACACGCACAAGUGCACCAUCGAGCUGACCAACUUCGACGGCAACAUGGGCAAGGUGCUCAUCGAGGAUGCGCUGGACAUACCGCGCUCGAUCGCCCUCGACCCCAUCGAGGGCUGGAUGUACUGGUCCGACUGGGGCGCCUCCCCGCGCAUCGAGCGUGCCGGCAUGGACGGCUCCCACCGCACGACCAUCAUCAGCUACGACGUGAAGUGGCCCAACGGCAUUACCCUGGACCUGGUGCGCAAGCGCAUCUACUGGGUGGACGGCAAGCUGAACGUCAUCUCGUCGGCCAACUACGACGGCUCCCAGCGGCGCCAGAUCCUCUACUCCACGGAGUACCUGCGGCAUCCCUUCUCCAUCACCACCUUCGAGGACUACAUCUACUGGACCGACUGGGACAAGCAGACCGUCUUCAAGGCCAACAAGUUCACGGGCGAGAAUGUGGAGCCCAUCACGGCGGUUCACAUGUUGCAACAUCCGAUGGUGAUCCAUGUGUACCAUCCGUACCGACAGCCCGAUGGCAUCAACCACUGCCAGUCCGUGAAUGGCCACUGCUCCCACCUGUGUCUGCCCGCCCCAAGGAUCAACGAGCGCAGUCCGCGCAUCUCCUGCGCCUGUCCCACGGGCCUCAAGCUGAUGGCCGACGGCCUCAUGUGCGUCGAGGAUCCCCUUUAUGUGGUCGUCACCAAGCCCCCACGAGCCCUGAAAACCAAACCGAAAACGAAAACCUCGCCAAGGCGAUUGCCAGCGAGGCUUACAGACAGACAAGCGAAAAGCGAGCCCACGCUGAGCACCAAGCUGCCACCGGGGCAAGGAAUAAUCGUUGCCGACCAGCAUCCAGUGAAAAACACCACACAAACCGAACAGACGACAGUGCCCAGUCCGCAGCCAGAUUCGGGCUUCAUAGCGCUGGUUGUCAUUGCCAGUCUCAGUGGCUUUGCAGUGCUGCUAUCGGUGCUCCUGCUCAUUGGCUAUCGCUACUGCAGCAAGCGACGCAUCAACUCGAUGAACUUUGAGAAUCCCAUUUACCGAAAGACCACGACCACCGAGGAUCAUUUCAGUUUGCGCAAGAAUUUGCCAGCGCGCAUCUAUGAUCAUACCAGUGUCAUGGAUGAGGAGGUAUGUGCCAUACUUCAAAUUAAAUUAUAUAUACAAUUAUUAUCAUGCUUUAUUAUAUAUUAUUAUAUUUAAUUUAUAUAUAUUCCCUUGCAGUACUCACCCGUCAUAGGCAUAUCCUCGUAUUAGAAUGGAGAAUGUUAGAUAUUUCCUUUGUUUGGUUGGCUGGUUGAGAGAUACCACCCAAAAAGGCAGACACGAGAAGAAGACCCGCAGAAGACACACCACACCACACGCCUGAAGACUGAGCAACUCUGUGUAUUGUGUAAAAUAAUUAUUUUAAAAUUUUAAGGCACGGCAAGGACACGGCGGGUCACUUGGUGGCGCAUCCUUAGAGGAUGCUGUACAAAAAUACUAUGUCGCAGAGUUCUAAGUAUCACACAAGAGUAAACACACACAAACACACACACAAACAUCGAUACACACAAAUCGAGAUGUUUAAUAUGAAAUCUAAUUGCUAAUUAUAAAUUACAUAAAUAGUUCCAAACUGUAUAUAGCUGUAAGUGUGCAUUAUUUUUAAAAGAAGCAAACCAAUUAAUAUUACUAUAUAUAUAUAUAUAUAUAUAUGCAUAUGUAUACAUACAUACAUAUGCCGAUUAUGAUCGUAGUGAUCAUGAUCUCUAGUACUAUUAGAGCGAGUUGAGAAAUUAUAUUUCUGUGUGUGUUCGUUCGAUGAGCAGAAUCGUUUUAUUAUCACUAUUAUUACUAUAUACGUAUUAACCUUUUGUUAACUGUAUUUGUUAAGUGUACAUACAGAAUACAUAUAUGUAUAUGUUUCCCCCACUAAAAGACACAUACAUAAUAAACUCAGAUACUUAUGUGUAGUAUA